CGGAAUCCCUAUAAAGAAGCCAUAUAAAAUCUGCCACUCUUCAGGUCUCUUCACUGAUACGGUUUUUUCAUCGAGACAUUUUCACAAACACCUUCACGACAAACGCCAUCGAACCCUCUUGCACCACUCAAAUCGCCAUGGCUAGAUCUCAACAACGAUACAGAGGUGUUCGCCAGAGACAUUGGGGAUCAUGGGUCUCCGAAAUUCGCCACCCUCUCCUGAAGACGAGAAUAUGGCUAGGAACAUUUGAGACAGCAGAAGACGCAGCACGAGCCUAUGAUGAAGCGGCUCGGCUGAUGUGCGGGCCGAGAGCUCGAACCAACUUCACUUACGACACCGAAGGGUCACAGUCCUCUUCUUCGAAGCUUCUCUCUGCAACUUUGAGAGCUAAAUUACAUAAAUGCCACAUGACAUCUCUUGAAAUGGCGAAGAAAUCAAUGGUGGGUAACAAUCAAGAAAGCCAACAGCAGUCUCCCACAGGGGAAUUCAUGGAGAACAGGGGCAACUGUGGAAAUAUGGUGAAUUGGGAGGGUAAAAUGGAGAAUAUGCAGCAUUACAAGUCUCCUGAAGAUGAACAUAUAGAGCAAAUGAUAGAGGAGCUGCUUGAUUAUGGAACCAUUGAGCUUUGUUCUGUUUUACAAAAUUAGACCGAUUAUCCUUUUUUUUUAGUCGACCAGAAAUAUCGUAAUCUAUCGUAAUCGUGUCACUUAAGUAAAUAUCCGGACGGGAAAUCGAAACUCGAGGUCUUUCAAGUC